GGGCAUUGUGACAUAGCAUUGGGCACCAUCAGCCAGGUUACUUGAACAUUAGCUGUGUGGUUGUGGUACCAUCCCAGUUGAUUUGAAAACCAAGACUGCCUGGACCAGGACGUGUGCAGUUCAGCCAACCACAGAACUGGAAAUUCCCAGGGACACCAGGAGCAUGUCGUUCGGGUUUUCCUGAGCAACUGAAGUGGAACGGAGUUUGCUGGCCUACGAGAGUACCAUGGACGGUGAACAAGGGGGCAGGAGUGACAAGCCAGGAGGCUCUCCUCACCUCAGAUUCCUUUCAAACCCAUUGAUGGGGGAUGUCGUGUCUGAUUGGUCACCUCUGCACGAUGCUGCUAUCCAUGGACACCUGCUGACCCUGAGGAACCUUAUCAGCCAGGGCUGGCCUGUGAACAUCAUCACAGCCGACUACGUGUCUCCACUCCAUGAAGCAUGCCUGAGAGGUCAUCUGUCGUGUGCAAAUGUUUUAGUGAGUCACGGAGCUCAGGUGAACGGCAUGGCUAUAGACUGGCGAACUCCCUUGUUUAAUGCCUGCGUCGGUGGCAGCCAGGACUGUGUGAAUUUACUUCUAAAGCAUGGAGCCGCUCCCCACCCUGAGAGUGAUCUGGCCUCUCCCAUCCACGAGGCUGCCAAGAGAGGCCAUGUGGGAUGCAUCGAGUCCCUUGCAACUUAUGGAGCCAAUAUCGACUAUAACAUCAGUCACCUGGGCACUCCUCUGUAUGUGGCUUGUAAAAAUCAGCAGGUAGCCUGUGCCAAGAAGCUUCUGGAGUCAGGAGCAUCUGUGGAUCAAGGAAAAGGCUUGGAUUCUCCACUUCAUGCAGCGGCCAGGAUGUUAAAUGGGGAGCUGGUGCAUCUGCUGAUGGACUUCGGAGCAAAUGCUCAAGCUAAGAAUGCUGAAGGAAAGCGGCCCGUGGAGCUGGUGCCCCCAGGAAGUCCUCUGUCCGAGAUCUUCUUGGAAAGAGAAGGACCCCUGUCUUUGAUGCAGUUAUGCCGCCUGAGAAUCCGGAAAUGCUUCGGCGUUCGGCAGCAUCAUAAGAUUUCUGGACUCCUCCUCCCGGAAGACCUGAAACGCUUCCUUUUACACCUUUAAUUGCGUGGGGGAGUGGAGCCACAAACAAGUGAAAAAGUUGAAACUUCUGCCUCUGGAGUUUCAAAUAAACUUGUUUAUAACA